UUUUAAAAAUUAAAACCUGCACAGCAGGUGAGGCUACAGAGACGACUGAGCCUCUUGCCAAAAAUAAAGUGCACAGCAGUCGCGGUUGCUUCAAUGAAAAUCACAAUGUUUGAGGUCAGCUGAGGACAAACUAGACCAACAACUUGAGUUUUAGGCUUCUUUGCCCGAGACAAAAUGUCCAAAUGCAGCAGCUUUGCGGCCACAGCAUGUAUAGAUGUGACGUGGUGGUCGGCGGUUUCAGUCAAACCACACUCACAGCGCAGCGCAAGGGGACAGUGGCUGAUUCUUUGCAGACACAGAAGAGAUCAGUGGAUCAGAGCGAAGUCACAUGUAACCUCUCGACCCCAGCAGGCGGGAUGGGCUGUCUGAAGUCCACGCUGAGCGGCGGCCUGGCGAGCGGUGUGGAGAGCAAAAUCAGACAGCAGGCCGAAAAACCGGAGCCGGCACACUACGUCAGAGACCCCACCUUCAACACCAACAGGAAUAACUCCCUGCUACCAGGUCAAAGGUUCCAGCAAAUGGAAGAGAAAGAGUCAACUUUAAAAGUGGUGAUUGGUCUUUAUCCUUACGAGGCGUUGCAUCAAGACGAUUUAGGAUUCAAGAAAGGAGAGAAGAUGAAAAUCCUGGAAGAACACGGUGAUUGGUGGAAAGCUAAGUCUCUAACGUCCAACAAAGAAGGAUUCAUCCCAUCCAAUUACGUUGCCCAAGUCGAUACCAUGGAAACGGAAGAGUGGUUUUUCAAAGACAUCACAAGGAAGGAUGCAGAGAGGCAGCUGUUGGCUCCCGCAAACAAACCAGGCUCUUAUCUUAUCAGGGAAAGCGAAACAUCCAAAGGGAAUUUCUCCUUGUCAAUCAGAGACGUCGAUGGCCAGGGCAUGGAUUCGGUGAAACAUUAUAAAAUCAGGAAGUUGGACAACGGCGGCUUCUACGUCUCUCCCAAAAUUUCCUUCCCGGACAUCAGCAGCAUGCUCAAACAUUACCACACCAGGUCGGACGGUCUGUGCCGCAAACUGGAGCGUCCGUGCGUGAAACCCAAAGCCCAGCGGCCGUGGGACAAAGACGCCUGGGAGAUUUCCAAAGACUCGAUAAAGUUCGUGAAGAAACUGGGAGCGGGACAGUUUGGAGAAGUGUGGAUGGCUUACUACAACAAUGCAACCAAAGUGGCCGUGAAGACCUUGAAGCCCGGCACCAUGACCGCCGAGGCGUUCAUGGAAGAAGCCAACGUGAUGAAGACGCUGCACCACGACAGACUGGUGCGGCUCUACGCCGUCGUCACCAAGACCGAGCCCAUCUACAUCAUCACCGAAUUCAUGGCAAACGGAAGUCUCCUGGACUUUUUAAAGAGUGACGCAGGAAGCAGACUGAAACUACCAAAGCUCAUCGAUUUCUCAGCGCAGAUUGCGGAGGGCAUGGCUUACAUAGAGAAGAAGAAUUACAUCCACAGAGACCUGAGGGCUGCUAACGUGCUCGUGUCCGAGAGCCUGCUCUGCAAAAUAGCCGACUUUGGCUUGGCGAGGGUCAUAGAGGACAACGAGUACUCCGCACGGGAAGGUGCCAAAUUCCCCAUCAAGUGGACCGCUCCGGAGGCCAUCAACUACGGCACCUUCACCAUCAAAUCAGACAUGUGGUCUUUCGGAGUGCUUCUCUAUGAGAUCAUCACAUAUGGAAAAAUCCCAUAUCCAGGGAUGACGAAGGGAGAGGUGAUGUCUUCCAUACAACGCGGCUACAGGAUGUCCCAGCCCGAAAACUGUCCGUCUGAGCUGUACGAGAUCAUGAUGACCUGCUGGAAGGACAAGCCCGAAGACAGACCCACCUUUGACUACCUACAGAGCGUCCUGGACGACUUCUACACCGCGACAGAGGGACAGUACCAGGAUCAACCGUAGCGCUGCCGAGCCGGCGGGACAUCCCAUAAGGACAUUCACGACGAUUAACAUCCGCUCCACUGGUUGUGUGUUUUUCACUUCUUCACAGUUUAAUUGUAUAUAUGCCACAUGUUGAUGUCCACUGAAUUUUGAAGAUUUUAUAUAGUUUCACAAACAAUCUCGAUGAAAGACGUCAUCUUUCAGGAUAUUCUGAACAAUAUGGAUUAAUUUUGUUUUGUUUUUUAUGGAUGUGAAGUGUAUUUAAAUGAGAUUGUAAUUGUAAGUAUAUUUGAGAAAUGUGGUCUAAACGUAAACGUUCUAAAUGGGUAAUUUGGACUGAUUAGAUGCAGACGUUUUUAGAAGGUUUUUCGUUAGUAUAAGCUAGACAGGAAGAAGUGCAGAGAAAGGAGGAGAUAUUAAGGAAGUGGCCUGGGGAUAGGCGUUAAACCACAAGUAACUGCGUUGAAAACUGGAAUUCCUGCAUGUGUUGUGGUGGAACUGUAUGUCGUACUUGUGUGUGUAUAUAUAUAUGUGGUCACAGACCUAAUAAAAUCAUAAGCUGCUUUAAAAUACGGACCCCGGACUUAGAACGUUACUUUCUUUGGAAGUAAGUGAGAGACUAAGAUGGACUGCUACAUGUUAGCCUCAAGCGACAUAAUCUUACUAACUCAAGAUAUUAAACAGUAUGAAAUAUGUAAUAUUUUUCUAUGUAGUGAUUGAAAGCCUGGGUUAUAUUAAACGUCAUGUUUGGUAUUGAAUGGCUGUACAUUUUGUAUGAAAUUAAAAAAAAACAAUACACAUA